AUGGAAAAAUCUGAGUUUCGAAUUUUGAUCAAACACUACUAUCUUCGCAAGAAAACGAUAUCCGAGACCAAGGCUAAGCUGGAUAAGUAUUACCCGGACUCUGCACCGUCGAUUGGAACGAUUCAUAAGUGGUGUACCGAGUUUCGUUGUGGCCGUACGAGCACAGUUGAUGCUGAACGAUCUGGGCGCCCAAAAGAGGUCACUACAUCAGAAAAUGUCGAAAAAAUCCAUGAUGUUAUGUUGAAUGAUCCCAAAGUGAAAUUGAGAGAGGUAGCUAAUGCUGUAGGCAUAUCAUUGGAAUGUGUGGGCAAUAUCGUGCAUUCAGUUUUAGGCAUGAAGAAGCUCUGCGCGCGAUGGGUGCCGCGUUUGCUCACAGUGGACCAAAAACGAAAUCUUGCACAAGCAGAAUUACAUGAAAUCGGCUUCGAAUUGAUUCCUCAGCCACCGUAUUCACCAGGCCUGGCCCCCAGCGACUAUUACUUGUUCCCUAAUCUAAAGAGAUGGCUCACCGGUAAGCGUUUUUACUCAAAUGAGGAGCUCAUAGCUGAAACUGAGGCGUAUUUUGGAGACCUUCCGAUCGAGUACUUUUCGGACGGUAUCAAUAAGUUAGAAAAUCGUUGGACUCGCUGUAUCGACCUAAAAGGAGAGUAUGUUGAAAAAUAA